AAAAGAAAAGGCAAGUAGAGUUGGUCUGUGUUCUGUCGAAACUGUUUGUAAUCCAACAAGAUCGAAAUCGAGAUCCACGUCUGACAGUAUCGACAAAACACUAACCACCAUAAACUUCUUUGUUCGAUUUGGUAAAGUGUUUAUGGGGAUUCAGUUUAGCAAGUAAAGGUUUUUUUAUGUAAAUUGGGCCUUGUUGAACAUGUUGAAUUCCACUAAAUAUAGUACUGUACUAGUACAGAUAGCGUUUACCGCGCCGUUUGUAGUAUUUCAUGAAAAUACUUUUCAAGUACUCCCGGUAUAUUUUUGGAGAUGUUUCGUUCACGAAACCGUCUGCUGAGAUAGACGCUUAAAUUUCAAGGCCUACCUCAUUAAACAAAGUGACAAAUUAAUCCGCGGAAUGACAUUGCAUAAACAUUUGCGAUACUUUAAGUAUUUAUAUAAAAAAUCGUUAAUGUUUUCGUAGUCAUCUGUAGAUGUUUGCAAUGUUCAGAUUGUUGUGUUUCUCUAUUAUCGUCGCCGUGGCAAAUAGUGCGAAUAUUUUUGCCAUAUUUAGUGUACCUUCCAUAAGCCAUCAACUGGUAUUUCAGCCGAUAUGGCGAGAAUUGUCCUUGCGAGGUCAUAAAGUGACCGUAGUCACUCCUAAUCCUUUGAACGAUCCGACUUUGACAAAUCUUACAGAGAUCGAUGUUAGUUACGUCUACGGUACUGUUUCUUUACAAUUUUUAAUAGACAACAGUAAUCUCAUGCCAGAUCAGCUAGUUAGUAUGAGUGUAGAUCAUUAUGUAAAACCUUUAAUUGAAAGUCAAUUGAAUCAUUCGGAUGUAAUGAAAAUUCUGAAAGACAAUAAUUCACAUUUCGAUUUGGUAAUUUCUGAAAUGAUUUGUUCUCCUGCUUUUGGAUUUGCAUACAAAUUUAACGCUCCUUUGGUGGGAAUGCUGUCUUUCUCGGAUUUGUCCGCAGCAUUUCUCGCUAUAGGAAAUCCCUUACAUCCUAUUCUAAAUCCUGACAUGUUACUGGGAUAUGGGAAGCAGUUAUCAUUCUGGCAAAGAGUAUGUCAACAUAUUCACAGAUCCGCUACGUUUUACGAACGAGAUAUUUGUAAGAUUAGGAGAACAAAAGGGGCUAUGGUGACCAAGAAGGAAAAGAGGAGGAUGAUAGGGAACAUUUUCAGGCUUCAAGGACUAAUAGUUAGAUAUAUAUAAGAAAUAGAAAUAUUU